GUGCGGCGUAACAAUCGUAUUAUGUUUCUGCAGUUCAACGUUAGUAAAUCUGUGAACUGUGUACUGAAAUAUAGAUACACUUUCAUACGAAGAAAUUGCAUCCAUGCAAUGUUGCUACAAUUUGUGCUUUGGGAAGAAUAAAUUAGUGGAUGAAAUUCAUUUCAACAAUUCCAAAGUUGGCUAAAGCUGUCAAAGACGUCAGAUGUGAGACUGAUUGUUUACAACCGGGUGCCGGUUGCUAAAGUUUAGGAAGGUUUUGGCGCAAGUGAUUCAUUGAAAGCAGGAUAACGAAAAACCCGCAAACACCAUACAAUGUGUACUGGCAUUGCUGUCGCCAAUUAGAUUGACAGUGUAAUAGCCAUUUAAGAUACACUGUCUUGUUAAAUCAAUUAUCAUAUCAUGAAAGAUAGUGAUCCCUUAUGUUGUUGUGAAUACUUCAAUAACAAGAAUGAAAGAAGCCAUAUGUUGGGAUGUUGUUGCAAUUGUGAAGAACUUGACCUUUGUUGUGACAGUGUUGGUGUUUGAAGUGUACGUGGUCCCUCUGUUGGAGAUUCUUCCUGAAGAAAAUAUUGCAUUUGUAAUCAUUGCAUUGUUAUCAUUAUUCUUCAUCUAUAAGACAUGGACACGCUCAAAGUUAAAUAAAGUAAAUCAUAGUGACAGUCGUGAUGAUUUGUAUGGAAAUAGAAAUAAAGCUACAGAGACUGUGUGCUCUGUCUGUAGGAAAAGAGUUCCACCAAGAACAUACCACUGCAGUAUUUGUCAGACAUGUAUAUUAUGCAAGGAACAUCAUUGUUUGUGGUUAGAUUGCUGUGUUGGAGAAAAAAACCAAUGGCACUUUGUGCUGGCUUUAUUUUUUUCGUUUUGUGCAUUAUUUGAUGGUGCAUAUCUUACUCUGACAUCUGUGUGUCACCCUAUAUUUGUUUUGGAGUACAUGCUGGUUCCAGAUGAUUGUAGUGAUGUUUAUCAUGAUUUUACGAUUGCAUUGUGCUUCAUCAGUGCUUUAUACAGUUUAUUGGUUGCGAUUUUAGUGUUGUUCCUUCUUGGACAACACUGUUGGUUAAUAUCAUUAGGGUACACUAAACAAGAUUGGCUGGAACUUCCUACAGGAGAGCGUCGAUGUGGUGGUCUCUGGGCUUCUCGUCCAUAUAAUAAAGGCUUUAUUCGCAAUUGGAUAAAUUUUUGGUGUUCCCGAUCAUCCACUAGCUGUAUAGAAGGAUGAAAUUACUUCAUGUAUUUUUUUAAGGCUAUAUGAAAUAUACAUAUAUAUUUAUGGUAUUUGGAGCUCUUGCUUGUUUUUAACUUUGUUAUAUAUCAAUGACUAUAUCUGUUGCAAGGAUCAGGGAAAUCGAAUGGAAACCCUCAUUUCACACAACGAAAAUGAAGAUUUUAAAAUUUCACCAGAAAAAACAUUGUUCCAAAUUGUGAGCCGAUACAAAGUACUAGAAAGUGUGUAUAUACAAAGCAGCAAGAAAUGUAUAUAUGAUCUGAGAAAUGAUUGGAUUUAUACAAACUUUGUUUUUCCUCUGGCCUUCAAAAAUUACAGUAAUGAGGGUAUCACUAUGUUGCCUCAGCCCUUUCAAUUGACGUUAUAUAUAAUGAUAAGUUGGAGUCUAUGAAGAUCACAAGUCCAUGACAAUGUAUAAUUGGAAAAUGUAUCCACAGCUAUUAAUGGCUACAAAACUUCAAUAUCUGUUGCAUUUUGUGAUAUUGUAAGUACACGUAAUUCCGGGAAAAGUUCUAGUUGUAAGCAUGCAAAGCUUAAUGUAUAUUACUUCUUAUUCAAUUACAUUUGCCUUCCAUACAUUGCUAUUCCACUUGUCUGUAAAAUAAUUCAGUGUUCAGUUAAUAAAAGUAUUUUUUUUUUAAUGUUACAAUUUCUGUUUGUUGCUUUUGAUAUCCAAACAUUUUUAUUGAAGAUAAUUUACACUGCUAAAUUGGAAUAAAUGCUUUUUUUAAGUAAUAAAUUGUUUACUUAAGAGGAAUUUAGGCAAGUCCAUUUCUUCAGAGUUCGAAGAAAGUUUUUCUACUUUUUUGUGUAGAUAUUCUAUUUUGGCAAAUAAAUAAAAAAUGAAGUGGUUCCUGAACUUUUUGAAUUUUAAAGAAUCUAUAAAAAUGUCUUCCUGUAGAGCUGUGAAUUUUUGUUUUUACUUAUCUCUCUGAUUCCAUAUUGUGAAGGAAAGUUACAUUCUGGAUGAUGUUGCUAGAAAGGUGGAGCAUUUCUAAGGUACAAAUGAAAUUCACCAAGUUCAUUUUUAAUGUUUUAAAUUAUUUACAUAAGCAGGUUACAUAUUUUAUAUUCUUUUGAAAUCACUGAAGUCUUGGAGUUUGGGUGUUCUAAAUUAUCAAUUGUUUUGUUUUAACUCGGUCUUAGAACUGAAAAUUUUCAGGAAAAAACCAUCUUUGGACCUGAAAUUUUUUGUUUCUUAAAAGCAUUAUUACUUCGUAAAGUGUGUGUAAAAGAAACCUGGUUUUUUCUCCAUCUCGCACACGAUUUUGUGUAGACAAACUUAUCAGAAUCAACUUAAACUUGAGUUUUCUUUAAAUAUGUUUUUUGACUUGUGAGUUUUGCUAGUUUACAGAUGAUGUGUGGAUAUUUAUUUAUAAAUUGAGGAAUAGGGGUCCUUCAAUUAAUAACUAGGAUCAUGAAGGGCUUCGAGCUUUGAUAUAGAGGGUAGAUAAUAGUAUUAAUGGAGUGAAUCGUGGGGAGAUAUAGAGUGGGAGGCAGGGGAAAUUAAAGAACUCAAAGAAAUCCUACUCGCUUUGCCCGCCACAAAUUUCACAUGGAUUUGGCAGGGAUUGAACCUGGACCUCAGCAGUGGAAGGUGUGCUUUAUUACACCACAAAUCCCCUGGUUUUAAGGUAAUUAGUGUCUUUUUCAUUCAAGGUAUGAGGACUAAAUGACAAGGUGUGCAUCCUUCAUUUUGCCUGGGCUCUUUUAACUAUUUGUGUCGGUCAUAUUUGAUUUCAAUUUAAAUUUCAUUCAAAUUUGAUAUUUUGAUACUCUUCUUAGUACCUUUGCAACAAAAGUGUGGAUCAGUAUUUGGAGACCACCACAAUAAUGGAAAGUUUGAAGUCUCAAGAAAUAUAUAUAUAAAAUAGACUGUAAACAAGAGAAAGUGUGUAGUAUUCAAGUGACAGAAAUAUAAUAUUGGUUUUUGUUUUAAAGCACAAGGAAUUCAAAACACAUGAACAAAAGAAUUAGGAAUAUUAUGAGAUGUGUUGAGAGAAUCUUCCCCCAAAGUUGGGGUAAAUGUUAAAAGAUACACGGUGUAAAAAGAGAGAGAUAGGAAGAAAUAAGAGAAACCUGUUUCAACCAUAAAAACUAGGAGAAGAGAAAAAAUAUCGAUUAGAAACACCAACAGUUGUAUGCCUUCUCUUCUACUGUAGGUAAUAUUUUUAGGUAAAAUCUGUAAUAAUUACUACUUUGGCGUAUUACAUCUCCUAAAUUGAAUGGUCAUUCUGACGUACAAGCUUUUUUUUCUAAUUCUUUGAUUCAAAAUUUACUUUGGUUUUGCAAUGGAAUAUCUUUAUUUCAUAUAAUUUAAUUACAUUUUUUAAAAUUGUGUUAAACUAUAUUCUCUUCGAUUUGCAAUGCAUCUUUCAAAUUCGUAUAACACAUAACAUAAGUACUAUUAUUAUUAAUGCAAGGAUAAUAAAAACUCCACCCAGAAAAAAGUAUGACCAUUUUCAAGGAAAUUUUGUUUUCCAUUCUUUGUAUAAAUAUAUAAAAUACAUUGAAGAAGUUAUCUGUAUUUAGCAGAUGUUCUCUUUCUUUGACCUAUUUACAAAAUGUUUCACGUUUAACUGAUUGAGUUUAGUUGUUUUAGAAAAUCUUUUGCUUUCAUAGAUGAGAUGCAAUUGCCUACUUUGCCUUUAAAAUAAUGUAAUUUCUACGUUCUGCGUCUAAAUUAAGUAAUAGUUUCUGAAAGAAUAAAAAUGUAAAGUGAGGAAAUGUUAAUUGUUCAAUUUAUUCCAGUAAAGUAGACUUUUUCUGGUCUUUCUGCUAUAUCUGAAAUUGUUACUAUAUUUAUUGUAAUUCACAAGUGUAAAUGUUUUUGAUAGUUUCAUUCAUAAUUUUGUUCUGGAAAAUGACUACUUGAACCAUUGAAAUGUUAAAUAAAUUUUAGUAGGAAAUGCAGAAAAUAACUUGGGAAAUAUAUGACUUUUGAAAAUUCUAUUAUUAUGUGUCAUAAAAUGUUUUUCUGUGUAAUGAUUAUAAUAUUUGUACAUGUAUGGUGUCUUGUUUCUGAACGAAGCAAAGGAAAAAUAGAAAUACAUGUACUCUGAUUUCCUACUUCAUCUUCACUAAAUGUGUAUUAAAAUCUAUUGAAAUCCAAGAAUUAUCUAAGGAAUUUAAAUUAAAAUUGUUUUCUUGUUCCAGUAAUGACCAAGAUGGACUUGUUAAACAUUUUAUGUUAUAAGAGUAGGUAAACUCACUCUAGUUUUAUAAGUGGUUUUGUGAUUGAUUGAUUGUAAUUUUUAAGCACUAGAACUGUUAUGGUAAUUAAAAUCAUGGAACUGAAAGGUAAAAUAUCACAUGAUCUGUGGCCCAUUUUAUAGGGUGCUGCUUUUUCUAGAAAUGAUUAUGGAUAGAUUAGAGCAGACAUGGCAAUUAGAGCAUUCAUCCUAUGAAUUUGAUUCAGACUGCCACUACAAACAUAUUUAUGUGUACACUAGUAGAGUUGAAACUGUGACCUCAUAAUUGCUGAUAUGCUUGACUGGAAGGUGUUACUUUUAUGUUUGCCAUUAUUGGCCAAGAUGUAAAUAUUUUUUAAAAAUAAUAUGUA